AUCUGUGCGCCCGAGUUGUCGAUGACAUUGAGUGUCGCCUUGAGUCCAAUCAUAUCUAGCAAGCAGAUCACUCGCCUGGCUGUUUCUGUAAGAGCCUGCUGGGUCUAGUCGACACAAGCGCAAGAGGCCUUUUGCUUUGUAGAGUGUCGCCGCUGUCUCGAGUCGUUUUCCUGCAACAACCUGACAGGACACCAAGAGCUACAGAUGCUACGGACAGGCGCGGCAAGGUUAGCUGCUAGCAGGCCCUCUCAGAUAGGGAAGCGGACACUCGCCUCUGCAAUCGAGGCGCGCGAGGGUGCGAAAGCACAGGAGAGCGAGGCAGCAUUGCCUGACCGCGUCAUGGCAGCCUACUUGGAGCCAUCACGCGUGCCUACAGAUGGCAAUAUUCCUGCCUGUCAGCUACAUCUACGCUCCUACGAUGUCUCUUCCCUCACCUUCUUCAGCGACUUUGCAAUGCGUGCUGCCUUCCACCUUGGCAUGCCAGCAAAAGGCCCAGUGCCCAUGCCAAAGAAGACGGAGCGCUGGACCGUUCCUCGAGGUCCAUUUGUGCACAAGAAGACACAAGAGAACUUUGAGCGCAUCACAUACAAGCGCAUGAUUAGCAUCAAGGAUACACACCCCGAUGUGGUGGAGAAAUGGCUCGGGUAUCUGCAUGCCAAUGUCUUUCCCGGCGUCGGUCUCAAGGCGCACCUUUACAGCUUUGAGGAGGUGGGAGCUGGAGCCCAGGCGAGUAAGCGACGCGUCAACGAGGCGAUAGAGCGUGGUCAUGGCGAAGAGUCGCAUGAAGCGCAAAAUCCAGCAGCACAAGAAGCAGAGAAGUUGCUCAAGCAGGCAGCAUUCAAGGAGCAGUAGCAGUAGCAAGAGCAUAGCAUAAUAUACGUGAGCGCUGU